GACAAGACCCAUCUUAGAAGGAAAUGUGAUCUUGUGUAACAUCAGGGAGGAAGUCAUGUGCACAGGCUGGUCAAAAAUGAGUAAAGAGCACUUAUCAGCAGAAUGCCCCAUUUCACCAUGGAUCAGCUUCACUGUUGGAUCUCCUCACUUGGGCUCCUUCUGUGCCUCACAGUCUGUACAUGUAGGUCCAUGACUAUAUACGGCUUUGAGGGUCAGGAUGUCACUCUCCCAUGCAAGUAUGACUCGCGUUAUCAUGGGACAUGUGAUGUAUGUUGGAUGAGAGGAAGCAUCCCAACAAAUGGGUGUGGCACUCAAAUCAUUUACGCAAAUGAAAAAAAAGUGGUGAUGCGAAGCAAUGUGAGAUAUCAGCUAAACGGAGCACUGCAGAAGGGAGAUGCCUCUCUGACUAUCCUCAAAGCAAAAAAAAGUGACUCAGGAAAAUAUGGCUGCCGAGUCCAUGUGCCCGGAUGGUUCAACGAUAAAAAAAUUGUGGUCUACUUAGACAUUAGGGAAGCAACACAACGGACCUUCACCACUCUGGGAUAUGUAACUACUACGACACACAUUCCUACACACGCACCUGUUUCAACAACGCAACAUGAGACAACCUCCGUCCCAGAGCAUGUGACCACUAAGCAUACAGGACCUUUAACAACACAAGAUGAUAUAACCACCGUCCCUGAGCAUGUGACCACUAAACCUACAGAAACACAACAGACUUCUAGCACACUGGGAUAUGUAACUACUACAACACUCAUUUCUACACAGGGACCUUUAACAACACAAGAUGAUAUAACCACCGUCCCUGAGCAUGUGACCACUGAGCCUACAGAAACUCAGUGGACCUCUAGCACUCUGGGAUAUGUAACUACUACAACACACAUUGCUACACACGGACCUGUUUCAACAACGCAGGAUGAGACAACCACCAGCCCUGAGCAUGUGACCACUAAGCGUACGGUUGUGAUCUCAGAAAAUUACCCUGAUGCACCUUCUUCAGAAGACAAUAAGCAUGUGAAUGAAGAAAUAGAUGCGCUUCCUGCAAUCCUGGUGCCAGUUAUACUGAUUUUGCUGGUUUUGGGAAUCUCUGUUGUUUAUCUAACGUCUAAGCAUAAAAGAAGUUUCAGGACAACACUUGAAAUAGCCAAGAACUCAUCCACUUCUGUCUGCUACAGCAACCUGGACAGCAGCGUGACCCUGCCGAUGAUAAACUCAUCUAAUAAUUAGACAUUGAGAAUGAAUAUGACCAGAGAUCAUGAUAUUACAUGGAAUUUAUAUACAAAACACUGUACAUUAAUUUAAUUUGUUAUGAAACACUGUGAGUUUUAAUUACUUUUUUUUUACUUUAAUUACUCAUUAUUUUUAAAAACUGUGAAAAAUACAAAAUAGCUGGUCAUUGCAAAAAAAGUUGCAUGCAGUAGGACAUAAAAUACAAAAUGUUUUUCAGCUGAUUAGACCAUUGUUAGUGAAUGAAAUAACCUGCUGAAAAAUGUGUAUUUUGGUAACUUUGUUAAUUUGUAUUUUGAUAACUAUAACUAUGACUAUAUCACUAAUGUGAUGCUUCAUUUCUGAAAAAAAACAAAACAAUAAAGCAGCGUUGAAUAUAAAAGAAGCUGGUUACAUAGAAGAAAAAACUGUCUUAUGCAACAAAUGCUAUCUUUAUGUGAAAAUAUCCUAAAAAGGUUUUUCUAAAACUUCUGCAACAGGUUUUACACAUGAAGUGAAAUAAAAAGUCAGAUCCUG